UGCCGCCAAAGUGUCAUUGUGUUUUAACUGUCUUGUUAUGAACGAUACGGUUCAGUACAGUACAUGAUGCAUGUGUGGAACGAAGUACGGACAGGAUUUAAUCCUGCGGAUGAAACACAGCUGUUUGGACCACGGACUUGUGUGGAAAGCGAUGGAUUUAUUUACGAAUCAACAACACAAGCCACAAUAUCAACAGGGUCCGAGGUUCAUGCAAUUCCCAGAGUUACUGCUUCAGUACAUUCUUCUGGUGUUUUGUGUGUUGGCGUUGACAAGAACUUAAUUGUCUUCGCUAGUAGUGAUUCAUCAUUAGACUGCUGCUUAAAUAUUGAAUUUUCUUCUAUAGUAGACUGCUUUGCAUUGUCACAGGAUGGAACACUCCUGUUUGCCUGCGUUAAGGAUGAAGGUGUGGAAUGUUAUUCUAUUGCCGAGAAGAAAGGUAUUUUCAAGAGAUGCUUAAAGGCUGAAGGUGAAGCAGGAAUCUCUUUCGUUAAUGUAUCUGUGAUUGAGAGAGAUGAUGAGUGUGAGGUCCUUAUUGCUGGAAGUACUGGUUAUAUGUUCAGGUUGGUACUGAGAAACUUAACCAACCAUGUAGAAGCACAAAACCUAAAUGAUGAUAUUGACUUACUAUAUGAAAAGUUACUGGAACCUGCGAAAGUGUUUACUGCAACAACACUUAAUGACAAUAACGAAAUAAAAAUAUUACAAUUUUCUGAAUUAAUCAAACUCUGGAGAAAUGAUCAACUUAUCGACUUUGUUUCUGUUGAUGAAGAGAUAAUAAAAGUUCAACAGCUUCAACAAUCCAGAUACAUUGUUGGAUUGACAAGUACAAAGAAACUAAUCACUAUUUGUCCCUAUUCAUUACAACUUUGUUAUCUGAAUGAGGAAAUGUCAGUGGAGGAUUUUGUAGUAUUGGAAAGCAGUUUUGGAAAAACUGAUCCUGUCAUACUUAUACUUGAGAAGAAUUCAAAGGAAGGGAAAAUGGAGUCCCACAUUCAUUUUGCGCUCUUUCCUAGUUUUGAGAUUAAGUAUAGCAUUGAUGUCGCAUAUACAUCAUACCUGGUUGAUAUACCACAAGCUAUACAAGAAAUAUUCUAUGUUGAAGGCUCUUCAACAAAAAAAUCUUGCAUUGACACGCUUAAUGUGAAGAUUUUAGCUCAAGGAAUACCAGAGUUCAGAUUGGAUCACCUUCUUCGGAGAGGACUGUUUACCGAGGCAAAGCAGUUUGCAAUUGUUCAUGGCCUUGAUGUGGAAACUGUUUACAAAAGUGAAGCAAUUUAUAUUGCCCAACAGAAUACAUCUGAUGCGAACACUCUGCUAGGAGUGCUGCACGAUAUAACAGACGUACAUUUUAUUGUUGAAUGUUGUUCGAAGGCUGCUGCCAAAAACUUACAUGAGAUUAGGCAGCUUUUGGAGUAUUCUCGUAGUAGAUUGACAAGUUUGAAGACUCAGACUUUAACAUCAGAUGUCGAAUUACUCCUUUCGGAAGUUAACAGCGUGCUUCUGCGUCUUGAUACUUACGAAAUUUUGAACCAGUGUAGCGGAACCGAAGUUGACGAUUGGAUAGUUUUUAGCAAAGCAGACCUUUUCGAAAAAUGCACUUCUUAUUUAAGUCAGGGUAAUUUUAUGAAGGCAGCUAUCUUGUGGAAUCGUUAUGUCUCCAGUUUCAAGAAGAGGUUGUCGCCAGCAGUUGUUGUUGAUGUUUUGCGAAUGGUUCCACAAAAUGUGCAGAUGGAAAACCUGGCACCAUUUUUGCAAUUUUUUGUGCCACUAGUUCUUCAGAUUUGCCCCCAGUCAGUGGAUGGAAUUGUUGAUUGGGCAUUUGAAAAAGUGAGGCAUUUUGAGCUCAAGAAAUCUUGUUGGCUUGAAAAUGCUGUUCAUUUCCUUGAACGUCUCAGCAGUCUUGUGAACAUGCAAAAGGGGAGUGUAACUUCAAGCUUUGCUCAGUAUAGUGCUGCUAAGACAAGAAUACUCCAUAUGGUGAACAGUCUCAAAGAUCUCCAAGAGCUACAGAAGAAGUAUAAUGUUCAUAUGAAACUAGAUGACUAUGUUCAGGAAAAUAAACAAAAAGUGGCAGAAUGUAUAUUAAACAAUACAACAUUGCACCACCUAAGGUCCAUUAUAAAAGAUUUCUUGAAACAGUACUUUUUAAAAAAUAAUUUGAAUGCAGAUUAUGUGCUACUUCAUUAUACUCAGAAUCUUGCAAACUAUUCCUGCAAUUACUAUCAAGAUUCAUCCUGGGAAAACACUGUAUCUAUUAUCAGUGGCUAUAUUCAGAAUAUUGAGGAUCGUAUAGAAUGCAUCUUGUAUAUCAUAAAAAAAGCUUCAGUACCUUGGAGCACUGCCAUAGCAGAAAUGGCAGAAGCUGGAGCAAAUCUGAAACAUCCUCGAGCAUCCGACAUUAGAUAUGAGCAGAUCAGCGUAAAGUCAAAAUUAAUUUUAAAAAAAUAUGGCAUCGUGAAACCAUCUCAACAAGACACAAGAAAUACACGUGUUUCGUUAGACAAUAUACACUAUGUUAUAAAGCAGGACAGAGAUGAAAUGCACAGUGAUGUAGUACAGUUGAUGGAAGCAUCUCCACAACUGAAGUCCCAAGCAUACUUGUACCUUGCCAAUUUUUAUAUGGAAAAAGGAUGCCAGAAAGAAGCUUUUGCCACUGUUGAAAUGCUUGAUAAAGAGUUACUUGUAGAGUUGUGUGAGAAAAUGGUAUAUAAGAUAGAUUACUUUUUGCAAUCAGAGUUGCUCAGUGAUAUCAGCAGCAAUUAUAUAACUGCUUUGGGUUAUAUUGUUGACAAAUAUGGAAAUGAACUGGCGGAACUGCGAAGUAUUCCUGUACAAGAGUUGAAGAAUAUGCAUACUCUAAAAUGUGAAUUUGGAAUGGCAGUGAAGUUAGACCAGUACGUGUCAGAAAGAUUUCGUAAGGAUGUCAUUAGAAAGUAUACUUUGCGCAUGUUGAAAAGUAACUUUGAAUCCUAUGAUUCCAUGAAAUAUGAUUUAGAAAGACUGACAUACCUUCUUCAGUUUUCAUAUGAAGAGGGUUUUCUAGUGGCUGCACAACAAGCCUGUGAUGAAAAGGAACUCGAUGUUGCUCGUUUACUUGCAGGAUGUGUUGCUGAGAGGCCGUUUUACUUGACCUCAACUUCAGAGGAAUUAAUGUGUGUUACAGAUACUUUAAUAGUAUCUGAGAAAAGGCAUGAGAAAGAUGAAGAUGACUUUUACUUAGUUGAAAGGUUAACCAGCAAUGCCUGUUGCUUUUGUCCUUCAGAUGAGUUGAAUAAAUGGUUAGAUGAAUUUCAGUGGUCAGGAUUGAUGUGUACCAAUAAUGACAUUGCUGUAACAACAGACACAAGAAAUUCAAUAGGUUGCAGUGAACUUAAUAAUGGCUUGUUAGAAACAAUAUACCUGGACAGGCCACUCUUCAGUCAACAUGGGGCAUUACAUAAACUGAUUGCAGAGAUGUUUCUUAUUUGUAAGAAAGCAAAAUCUUUCAGGCUUUUGUUAUAUUCUCAGAUUUUCACUUGUUCCGAAAUGGAUGCAGAAGCGAGUUGUGUGUUUAGAAAUUACUACAAAUGCUUGAGAGAGGACUUGUGUGAAGUAACUAUGUUGAAAGUGUUGCUGAACAUCUAUUACAAAGUGCUACAGUGCAGAAAAAAUGAACUCUUUGAUGUUGAAGCAAACAUAUUUUUGGCUGCAAGGACAUUAUUACAUAGAAUUUUGAAAUUUCGAAAGUUGGAUCGCACAAUGGGUGUUGCACUUUUAUGUAUUAAUAAUGAAAACUCUGUACAGGAACUCACGGAUGCUUCAAAAACCUUUGCUCAUGACUGUGUAAGACUAGGUGCGUUGGCAGAAUUAGCUGUAGCAUUUGCUGAAAUAAUUGAAUGCAGUGACAUAAUGACAAAAUUUUAUCAGACUCUUAUAGGCUGUAAGUGGAUAAAGACGUUAGUGAAGUUUAAAAUACCAUACAAGGAGGCUUCCAAACAUUACAGUUCAGGGUCUCAACAUAUGUUCAGAGCACUAAUAUCUGUUGACUCAUUUUCUACACAGUUGGUUGAAGAAUUUUGUAAUGACUUCCAUUUGGAUGUAGAAGAUUACCUGACUUUGUAUCUGGAAACUCUUAUUUUAUCUUGGAAACCCCAAGUGGAGGUAACAGUAAAUCCAGAUGGUAGCAGAGGAUUCAGUGUAAAGAAUUCAGAAGAACCUAUUCUAAAAAAGGGAAAGGAGAUAAUUGAAAAGAUAACCUUAAAAGAGAGAGUGCGGUCAUGUUUACAGAAACUGUAUUACAAAAUCAAUUACUAUAAUUAUGAAAUGUUUAUGUGUGUCAAUGUUCUCAUGAACCAUGAUGAUUUUCAAAAUGAAAUGAACGAUGAACAUCAACUUCUUUGUUUCUUGAAGAGAUAUCAAAGGUUGAGACAACCUAAUCAGCAAGAGAAAGAUGAUUGGUUUGAUAAAUAUCCAGAUGCAUGUGAAUUGCCAACAAUAGCAGAGUUUAGAUUGCCUUUUCGUCCUCUUCUAGAAAACCCACUGAGAAUAGUAAAGACAGAAUUAAAUUUGAAAACAUACAAGACAUGGUUUAAUGUUGCUAGAACACUUCGGCUUGAUCUUGAAACAAUUUGCACAUUAGCUGCAAAAAAUUCGAUAACAGAAGAAUUUUCUACUAAAUUGGAGGCAAGUGAUAACAGUUGGUGUCUUACAGUACACCACGCAGAUUUUCUUAAGGAACUUGUAGCAUGUCUAAAAUAUUGUCAAGACUUAGAGAAAGCCUCUGCUGUAUUGUAUUAUGCUACUAAUCAUAUGCCAGCAGGUGCUGAUCAAGUUAUGGCCGCAGAGUUGUGCUACAAUACAGCAGUACGAUGGGGUGAGCAGGAUUCGCUAGAAAAUAAUGCAAAAAACUGUAUUAGAAAGGUUCAACAGAAGUAUCAGCAGCUGCAGGCUGCACAUGUACUACACAAGUAUGGGCUUGGAAAUGAUGCUGCCAUACUGAAUUUUAUUUCUAAUCCCCAACAACUGAUAGCUGCACUCUUUCGACACCCUGCAAUCGUCAACACCUCAGCACGUCACUGUCCAGAUAUCAAUGGUGCAAUUGAAGACUUAGCAAAACUUUUCAGAAUUAAUAGUAUAAGUUUGCGAAAGGAACAAUUAAAAGAACUUCUCAUGCCUCACAGUAUGAUAGAAGCUGAACUGUUGGACAGUACGGUUACCGAUAAUUUUAUGCAAACCGAUACUCAGGCUUACAAGAAUAUUGAUGAAGAAAGCUUGCUCAGGGCAUGUUACCUUUUACAGGUUGACAAAGAUGAAGAGUUGGUUAAUUAUCUUGUAAACAUUGUGAUAGGUGACACGUCAGAUGGAGUCACUUCUUUCUCAAGACUAAGAGCUCUCCAGUGCCUGCUCUCUACUGUUUCAUUGUCUGCAUUAGAGAAACUUUUUGGCAAGGAUGAAAUGUACAUCAGGUCAUUGACAAAGAAUCUGACGUAUGUGAGUAAAUUAGAAGUACUUGGAAUGAGGUAUUCUCUGUACAGCUUCGAGACAUGCAACAAGAUUGAUCUUGUAAGCCGUGUCUGGAGAAUGUGUUCUGAAAAAUCACUAGGCCUCACUCUGGUUGCUGAUCUCUGCCUUGAAUAUGGCAUAUUUGAACUCAAAUGGUGGGAUCCUCUUCUGAAAUCAAUGGUAAAAUUUCACAUGAUGCUAGAACUUGAAGAAUAUCUGCCACAACUUACAGAACACAGUCACAUCAUGGGCUGCUCUGGGCUAAUACAAGCAUGGAAUUACAUCAUAAUUCAACCUUUCAUGAAAGCUGAGUUUCCAUUAACAAAUGAACAGAAGUUGUCUUGCUUUGAGAGCCUUGUGAAGUUGCAGACUUGUCCUGUCAUUAACUACAUGAAAUUUGAAGAAAUAUUUGACCACUGUCUACGCACAAAAAUCCUGCAUAUGGCAGCAGCAAUUCUGCCAUUGCUGAGAAGUGACCAACAUCGUUAUGUACAGAAAAUAAUGGCAAAUUCUGAUGCAUCAACUCUGAAAGAGAACUUAUGUCAGUUGCAAAACCAAGGGAUUUUAACUGCUCACCAGGCUAUCCAGAUUUUAGGAAUUCAGUAAUGUUAUACACAUUUACAGUAGUACAAUAUUUUAUCAAUGAUUCCCUCGCAGUUCAUUACCACAUGCAGUAUAUAAUGUCGUGUGUAAAACUUGACAAGUAUAUAUUUCUUUUCUUAAUUGUAUGAAAAAAAAAGAAAAACUGGGAUUUUGAAAGUGACACAGCGUCGAAAGAGAGAAUUAUCAGAGCUAAUAAGAUCUCUUUCACUAUUUUUGUACUCGUAAAUUAAUUGCAUCAUGAACUGUGUCAUGAGGGCAUUAUCAUUGUGCAAUUUUAUGUAGUUAUAGCACCAUGCCACUAGUUUGUGUAUAUACAGAACUAAGCAUACAAUAAUAAACAUGUGACUUUUACAGUA